UUAUCAAAGUAUUUUUGUUUGUAUUCUACAAUGUUGACAUUUAACUGAAACGUUUGAAAUUUUUGUAAAUAGUAAUUCCUUAAAGGAACAAAAAUGAAUUACAUUAUAUUGCAUAAGUGUUUUAAGUGCUUUUACAAAACUUUAUUCUGAAAGUAUAAAUAACGUUUAAUCGCAAUGGAUUUUCGCCCAGCUAUGCCCGCGGAAAAUGAAACUACGAAAGAAUUAACUGUAGCUGAUUUUCAAAAAGCAUUAUUCGAAUGGUAUAAUAGACGCGGGUUGCUCAGUGAUCUUCGGGCCCAUUUACGGACCCAAAUGGUCAGUGCCUUAAAAGAUACAUCAAUAGAACAAUGUUUUACAUCAAAAAAUAUUUCGCCGAAGAUGCAAGCUAUUAAUUUGCUUAUAGCUGAAUUUUUAAUGUUGUACAAUUAUCACUACUCUUUAUCAGUGUUUAGCACAGAAGUGCCAUUUGCAAACGCGUUAAAUUAUGUAAAUACAGAAAAAGCAGAUCAUCAUAAAGCAUUCGAUGAACACGACGCUAUAGACAUCCUCGAAACUGUGGGAAUAUCUCAAAAUACAAAAGAAGGUCCUAUUAUUUUAAAAAAAUAUAUGGCAAAUAAUUCCGAACCGUUAUUAAUGCACAUCUUAAAAUAUUUGAUACACAAAUUAGAAUCUGUAUCUGUUAGUAAUGUCAAUAUGAAGUUAAAAGAAUUAGCUGACAAUAUAGAUAAAAGCAAGUGGGAAGAUGCUUUUAACGAAUUUUUUGUAAGUUGCGACUUAGACGAAGAAAAUUCGAAAAAACUGAUAUGUUUGAUAGAAAACGUCUUCGAAAAAGAAAUCAACGAAAUAAAGAAAGCCCAUCGUUUAGAAAUGGAUCGAAUGAGAUCUGUAUUCGAAGAGAAAGAAAUUCUUUUAAUGGAAGAACUUAAUAACGAAAAGUCGAAAUGGGAAACCGAAUUCAAGAGUUUAAAGCAAAAACUAAACGUCGUACGACAAAGAGAAUUACAAACUUUACACAGACACGUAACCCAUCUCGCAGAAUUCGAGAAAACGUUGAAGAUAAAGCAGGAAGAUUUACUGAAUCAGCAAAAGAAUAUCGAGGAUAAAGAACAUCGUCUCAAUGCAUCUUUCAGAAGACUACAAGAAGAAAGAAAAGAAAUGCACGAAAUCAAAGAAAAAUUGAUAGAAGAAAAGAAAACUGCGUCCAAAGUAAGAAAACUAUUGGAGAAGGAGAGACUGUUAAAUAAUAAUGAAUGCCCUAUGGUAAAACCUAUAAAGUCGUCCUCUUCCCAAGAAGGAAAUACUGAACUAAAGCAAGACAGUUCAAAACUGCUCAACCUCUUAUAUUCUAAAGACGAAGUAGAGGACAUUGCAAAAAAAAAUGAGAAACCCCCGACAGUAAAGCACGAAAAGGAACAAAAAAAAAUUAUCGACAAAUUAAAAACUGAAAAUAAAAAGAUGCAAAGCGAAAUUGUAAAACAGAAGGAAAAGAUUCAGGAAUUGUCUUUUAAAAUAUCAAACCUUAUUUUAAACACCAAAGGGAUUGUAGUGCCCUGUUUAGCAAAUUCUGGGGAUCACAAGCAAGUUUUAGAACACGGUAAGAAGAUUCAUGGAGACGAAACUUUAGAAAGCGUAUUUGUUUCCAAAAAACAUCCAGAAGACGAUAACAUGUCCGAGCAAGUGAUCAAUGUGGCUAGAGAAUAUUUGAACCAAAUAAAAUGUGACAAUGUUCAAGUGAAUAAUAAUUACCAACAAAUUAUGUCAAUGUUUAACACAGCAAAGAUGCAGAACAAAUGAACAAGGACCUCAAUACUGUUUUUAGUCUAUCUUAUAAAAUCAUAUACAUACAUUACAUAAUUAAAAGUACUUUUUUUAUUUAA